CUACAUCUCAGCCUCUGCGACUCGCAAGCAUCGCUCUUCCUCGUACUACAAGUCAGAGAUACGCGUGUCCGGGCACAGGCACGCUCACAGCCACCUUCCGUAGUCUUGGGCUUAUCUCUGCGCCAUGGGUACUUAAGGAGUAGCUGCGAUGCAGCGAUUGAACAUUUCAGAUGCGUUUAGACAAGCUGUUCCUAUGAUCAUCGCAUACCCUGCCGUAUUUACACCAUUACCGCGUCUUGUCGUCAUUGCUGUUUACGAGUUACGUGAUGGCUUUUUACACCAAAGACGAAGCGCGCUUCCUAUUCUUUGCCCUCUUUUCCUGUCUGCCCUUACAUCGUUGCUUUCGGCUUGCCCGCACUUCGUCACCUACAGUAAAGAGGUCGGAUACUCCCAAGAUCGGAGAGUCACAGUCCAGAGAAUCUUUACGGAAGAAGAAGAUAGAGCGACACGAUUCUCCUUCUACAACAUCCAUCUUACCUAGCAAAACACCAUGUCAGGCGCAAGCAUGAAGCGCAUACAAAUCACACCGGAUGGCUCAGGUCCACCUACAAAACUCAACACUGACGUCCCUGCCUCUUUACCUGACGCCAAAGAGACCAGGAUUCAUCCCCAAAACGCCCCAGACGCUUCAACAAAUGCUUCACUCUUCUUCGUCGGGACUGCCACUACAAUUCUAGAGUGGGAAGGCAUCCGCAUUCUCACAGAUCCCAACUUCCUCCAUGCUGGCGACCAUGUUCAUCUAGGACCAGGUGUCGGUGCAACAAGACAGACCAACCCCGCGAUCGAUUUGGAAGAGCUACCAAGGAUCGACGUGAUUCUGCUUUCGCAUUACCAUGAAGAUCACUUUGACCGAGAAGUAGAGGAGAAACUGUCAAAGGGUCUCCCAAUCAUCACUACGCCACACGCCAAGGAAUGCUUGACAGGCAAAGGCGAAGAAUCAUUCAAGAACGUACAUGCGCUCGACUUCUGGCACAGUUUGCUUCUCGAUGUAUCGCAGUCAGACCAAACAAGUGGUAGCGGUCCAAAGCCCAGCAUCAAAGUCACAGGAAUGCCUGGAAAGCAUGUACCUCCUGGCCCGUUAAAUGUUGCAAAUGAGAUUCUUGGCGCUGUACCGCCUACAAACGGCUGGAUGGUUGAGCUCGGGUACUCCGAUGGUUCCUCUAGCGACGGUAGCGAUUUUGAGAAUGGAUACCGAAUCUAUAUCUCUGGCGACACGCUGAUGGUAGACGAGCUCAAGGAGAUCCCUGAGCGGUACAAGGAUCACAACAUCGACUUGAUGCUAGUCCAUCUGGGAGGCACCACAAUUCCUGGUCCCAAGAUGCCGUUGCUGAUGGUCACAAUGGACGCAGAACAGGGCGUACAGCUGAUGCAGCUUAUCAACCCCGACCUCACAAUCCCGAUCCACUACGACGAUUACGAUGUUUUCCUGAGUCCCUUGGACGACUUCAAGAAGGCUGUACAUGCGGCUGGAUUGGAUAGCAAGGUUGUGUAUCUAGACCGCAAGGAUCAGUACAAGUUCAACGUGAAACAAGGACAGAAGCAGCCGAAGCAAUCGCUGUAUUAGUAGCCAUAUCUGUAAUGACUCGGUAACUAGCUGUUCAGCAAUAUUGAUCAUGAUACAUGAUGAUUCUUGGUGCACG